CUGCAGCGUCCCCCGCCGAGCUCGGCCGGCAGGUGUCCGCUGUCCCCGCGAUGCUGCGAUCCCGCGUCAUGGCGCUCCCCAUCCGAGUCGUUUAUUGUGGUGCUUGAGGCUACAAGUCCAAGUAUCUUCACCUCAAGAAGAAGCUGGAAGAUGAGUUCCCUGGUUGCCUGGACAUCUGUGGCGAGGGGACUCCCCAGGCCACCGGCUUCUUUGAAGUGAUGGUCGAGGGGAAGUUGGUCCACUCCAAGAAGGCAGGUGAUGGCUACGUAGACACAGACAGCAAGUUUCUGAAGCUGGUGGCCGCCAUCAAAGCCGCCUUGGCUCGGGGCUGAUAUGCCCUGAAGGCAGAGUCCAGGAACCUUGAGCUGGCCCCUCCCGGCAGACGCUUCAUGACAGGAAGGACUGAAAUGUCUCACGGACGCCUGGUCUUUCCCUGAUGUACUUGUGCCCGCCGUGUGGGGGCAGAGGUUGACGCCCCUGGGCUUUGCCUCAUGUGGGAGUGUGUGUUCCCCGGAACCCACCUGUGCCCACUGCCCCGCCCUUCCCCGACCCCCAGACUCUCUCUGAACCCCCCUUCUCCAGAGUUUGGGGAAGGUCCUGCUCCAGGCUUCCUCGUCACGGGGAAGCCAGGGGGCCCAGAAUGGGUGAGUCUCUGAUUUCCGCAACGUUUGCAACAGUUCACGAUUCAAUAAACAUUGGCCGAGUGUCA